CAUAGCCCAAGGGGCGGAGCGAACGACUGACAAACAUGCAUCAGAAUGAACCUCUGUAAACUAUCAUAAACUACAAAUCAUGGGGUUCAUCUUUCAAAGACAGCGCUCUAUAUCGAAAUACAUAUAUUUUACUAACCAGUGUUUGGCAGAGGCGUCUGUCCUCUCUCGCUAGUUUCAUUUUUUUAAUGAAUUUAUGGCCGCUAUGGAUUACCUGCUGCAGGUGAAAGUUGGAGCUCUGGUUGGGCUGCUGAUCCUAACUUUGUUUUUUGGUUUUAUCCCAGCGCGGAUGAAAUGGUUUCAAGUCUCUAGUGGAACAGUGACCCACAGGGCCGUGCUGAGUUUUGUGAGCUGCUUCGCGGGUGGCGUCUUCCUGUCCGCCUGUUUGUUAGAUAUCAUCCCAGAUUACCUUUCCGACAUACAUGAAGAGCUACAAAAGCAAGGCCUUGAUGAAGGCUUCCCGCUUGCAGAGUUCAUCAUGGCGUGUGGCUUCUUCACAGUCUUGAUCUUGGAAAAGAUAGUUCUGAGUUGCACAGAGGGCCACAGAAAUGAGGAGACGGCUCCUCUUUUAGCUCCUGCAGGUAACGGACAUGCCCAUGGACAUCACUCGCUGAAUGAUCUGGAAGGGAGCGGUCACCACGUCCACGUGGAUUUUCACGCGCACUCGUCCUUCCGCUCCUUCAUGCUCUUCCUGUCUCUCUCUCUCCACUCGGUGUUUGAGGGUUUGGCCAUUGGCUUGCAGACCACAGACACGAAGGUGCUGGAGAUCUGCAUCGCUAUUCUGGUCCACAAGAGCAUCAUCGUCUUCAGUCUGUCAGUGAAGCUGGUUCAGAGUGCGGUCAGGCCCCUGUGGGUGGCGCUCUACGUGGCCGUCUUCGCUGUGAUGUCUCCACUCGGCAUUAGCAUCGGCAUCAUUGUGAUCGAGGCUCAGCUGGAGGCUGGCGCUUUGAUCCAGGCGGUGCUGGAGGGGCUGGCGGCUGGGACGUUUGUCUACAUCACCUUCCUAGAGAUCCUUCCCCAUGAACUGAACUCCCCUGAGCGGCCUCUGCUCAAAGUGUUCUUCCUCCUGUGUGGUUUCUCAGUAAUGGCUGCUCUGAGUUUCCUGGGCUGAAAAAUACUUUGCAUUUUUUCGUGUCCCAUGGCCAGAAAACUGGAACCUUCACAAACUGCAUGUGAUUUCAAGGAAACGAAAGGCUCAGUUUGCUUGUUUUUUUUAGAGGAACUGAUAUUUACAAGCACAAAGAUGCUGAUGUCUUUAAAAACUUUGACCAGAUAAUUUAUCAGUUUUAAAUGAGGAAAAAAAGAAAUUUUCCUCAGCACUGAGAAACAUAGUAUCUGACAUGUAAAUGGAGUCUUUUACAGAUUU